CAGAGUGACGGAGGCGGAAGUGCGGCGCGCCGGAUCUCCUCCCUCUCCCUCUCCCUCUCUCUCUCUCUCUCUCUCUCUCUCUCUCUCUCUCUCUCCAUUUGUACACACUUUACUUUUACAAAAUUUGUAAACCUCGCUUCUGAUCGACGUAUGCUUGAGACCUGUGAGAUGUUGCUGGAUGAGACGCCGCUCUUUGACCCCUCUCUCCUCCAGGAGUUGGACUGGAGCAGCAGCAAGGUGUCCUUCUCUCCUCCCAUCUCACCUUUAGAGCCGGGAGACGGCCUUGUCCUCCGUCCUCUCCGCCCUGCCGACUUAGACAGAGGUCUGUAUAAGGUUCUCUCGCAGCUCACAGUCGCAGGAGAUGUCACAAAAGAGCAGUUCCGAGCGAAUUUUGAACACAUGAAGAAAACGGGCGACUAUUACGUCAUCGUGGUCCAGGACACAAACUUAGGACAAAUUGUUGCCACGGCGACGCUGAUCGUCGAGCACAAAUUCAUCCAUUCGUGUGCAAAGCGAGGGCGUGUCGAGGAAGUGGUGGUCAGUGACGUCUGCCGAGGGAAACAGUUGGGUAAACUACUCGUCGCGACGUUGACUCUGCUCAGCAAAAAACUGCAGUGCUACAAGAUCACGCUGGAGUGCUCGCAGAAAAACGUGGAAUUCUACAAGAAGCUGGGUUACACGCCCUCCGAGGAGACCUACAUGCAGUGUCGCUUCUUCGACUGAGUCCUUCAGGGACGUUCCAGAGCGUACAAGCUCCUGAUAUCCGAGCUCACAGUGACCGUAUGCCUGGUCUACCAUGCUUCUGCACCAUUUAUUUUCUCAAGAACGACCCGAGACUUACCGGUAGUCUGGGACAAAAAGAAAAAAAUCCAAAUCUACAGCAUGAUGAAGGGUUGCAGAUUGUGAAAGUAGAAUAUGAAGUACCGGUUGUUAAACUCUCAGAAGGUCUCUUUACUUGUUAGUCCAUUUAUGCUGGAAGCUAUCUUUAAGAAGAAGGUACUUGAAUAUUUUCUUAAAAAAAAAAAACAAACAACAGAGAUAUACUUUUCUAUUUAAUAAUGGUAAUUUAUAUUUUAUGUAUAUAUUAAUAAUAAAAAGUACCAAAAUAUUCUCCGACAGGGAACGAAGACCAGUUGUGCAACUCUGACCCGAGCAUGUUUCCUAGCAUUUUGCUUAUUUACACACAAUCAUGUCAUUAAAAAAAAAAAGCCAAGGUUAGUUUCGCAUCUGAGCCACAAAGCAAAUGUUGCUAACAAACAGAAGUAUAUAGCUAGCACGCUGCGCACUUAUUUCAUAUUAUGUACAAAUAGUAGAUAAUUAACUGUUAGCUACAUUAGCCUUGUAGCAGAAAAGACGACACCAAACAUUUUAUGGCUCGGUUUCUCUCGAAUGUUUCUCAUAUAAAUGCUGGUGGGGGGAAAUUGCAGAGACUCUGAAGCUCGCAUGCAAAACUGGAAAAGCUGAAUGAAAGGAAUCGUAGCAGGUUUACGGAUAGACGUGUGCCGAUAUAGUUUCCAAUCACUCUUUAGUCAGUUUACAAGAUCAUAAUAUAUAUAUAUAUAUAUAUAUAUAAUGUAUAUAAUUACAUUACAUUACUAAUUUUCUUUGGGUUCAUGUUAACACUGCUUUUGUACAUGCUGAACAUUUGUAAUAUACAGAGUAUCGGUACAUGUCUAGUCCUAAUAGGAGUUUUCUUUCUUUAUUUAUUUUUCAGAAUGUAUACCAGAGAAAGUGGCGAAUAAACUGCUUACAAGUACACUGUAUGUUCCAAUCGAAUAACACUACACUACUUUAUACGUUUAUUUUUAUAUCAAAUGUACAAAAAUUUUGAGUUGGAGAUUAAGGUUUCUAUACUAUAUGAUGCAUCAUUGUCUUUCUUUUUUGGGGGGGAAUGGGUAAAAUAAGUUCUUUUAAAAAAUUAAAAGGCUUUUUUUUUUCCUGUU